AUGGGGGCCAGUUCCUUAAGCCUUAAGCUGAGAGAUCCAUUCAUACACGGGCGUAGCUGUCCGCACCGCCCAGACCCUCUUGAUCCCUCUGAGCUGAGACUGUUCCCUGUACGUAGAUAUGUAGGCGUUUGCAGUCAGUAGUGGCCCAACUCUGACAAACUAUGGCUUGAGACCCGAGAGACAUACUACUUCCUUUGAGCUCACAUUUCGCAAGGGAGAGACCCUGUGCUUAGGACUAUGAAUCCAUGACGAUGGUUUGGUGACCAACACUUACACGAUGCCAGUGAACUCGACCAGCACCGGGGCCACGUAUGGCAAGUCCUCGGAUCCGUUGUGUCCCUUGGGGUUCCACCCUCAGAUCCGUUGGCCAACCCGGUGCAAACGGUGCUUCAGAGACUACAAGGAGCAUUCGGACAGUUUGGACAAGCAGAAGUAUGCGGACUGCGACCGAGAUGAUCCGAACUCGUGGAUUGGACGGCGCACGGGCUUCCAGAAAAGUAAAUCCUUGGACGUGACCAUGGAGAGCAGUCGACGCAUGGCUUUGCUGAGCAAGCCCUCGUCGAUUGACGAACCCAGCGGGGAAAACGGGAACCGAAGUGAUGGACAUCCUGAGACAGAGGUUGCUACCAGGAGAUCGGACGUUCCCCAACCGGUUCCUAGAAGUCGGUCCGUCCAGCCAGAUUCCUUGCCAGAACCCACGGAUCCUCGACAGAGGCCUGGACCAUCUUCCGACAAUCAGACCAGGUACAGUUCGACCCCAAGAGGCUGCGACCAUGAGAACGAGAUUUCCAAGCUCAAAGCUCGGCUGGAUGAGCUCAAUAAAGAGAACCAGCGUCUGGUGCAGGCCUAUGACGAGGCCUCGGGGCGGAAAGACAUGAACUUCGAGGCAGCCAAGGCCAAUGAAACCUCCAUGGAGCUGCGGAAGGCCAAGGACAAGCUCCGUGAGCACGAGAUUGCCGUGUCUGAUUUGAGCAAGGAAAAGAAGGGAUUGCUCCUUCGGGUGCGAGAAUUGGAGAAGGCCGCGAGUAAAGUGACGUCGGUCUCGGAGAGACAAAAGACUAUUGUGGAGUUGGAAACAAAGUUAAAGUACAUCGAGAACAAGUGCAAGAACCUUGAGCGAGAAAACGACAAACUCACGCAUUCUGUUCAGAACCUGGAGGGUGAAUUAGAGGAGGUGCAAGACAACUUUCGCGAGGAUGAGGCCGACGAGUACCGCAACCUCCGUCGAGAAUUGGAGCUCACGGCCAAGAACUGCAGAGUGUUGCAUUUUAAGUUGAAGAAGACCGAGAAGAGUCUGCAGGAAGUGACAACGGAGAAAGACGAUCUCGAGCUCACCCUCAAGCAGGGUGGGACCGGUGGUUCAUCUACUAUGGACUACUUAGGCAAAAUCAAACGCCUGGAAAAGGAAUUGGAACAAAAGUCUCAAAUCAUUUCAAGGUACGAGUCUCACGUCUGUGAUCCCCGAGGAACCCGAAAAAUCAGUCCUGGUCUGAGCAAGACAUCGUCAGUGGAUCGGGGUCUCGAGGAACAACUGCUGAAGGAUCUCCAAGAUGCCAUUGAGCGUGAAAAUGAUCUCAAGGAACAACUCAACAUUGCUGAGGAGGAGAAUAAUGACAUGCGCUUGAAGAUGUCCAGAUUCGAAGAUGAAAACGAGAGCCUUUUGCAACAAGUCAAGAAAAUGUCAGUUGCGGGCAAGCCCAAGCGUCGGAGUCCAAGUCCAGCGGCUGCCUCCAAAUUUGGUCCCACUGUCAAUGCCAGCAACGCCGAGGACGACGUGGCCGAAGUCAAGUUGCAGCUGGAGCUUACCGAGCGCGAGGCAGAGGUUUUGCGUAAGAAGGUGGAGAAUCUUUUGAGUGAGAACUUGAAGAUCAACAAAGAGUUGAAGACCGCGAAGAGUGAUCUGUCCAAGGUGUCCAACGGUGGGGAUCUGAAAUACAGCAAUGCUGGUCAACUUCAAACCGAGCUAACAGAGACGAGAAUGAAGUUGGUCCAAAAGGAGAGGCAACUGGAGGUUCUGGAGAGCCAACUCAAAUACGGCGGUGGCAAGUCCGUGAAACGAUCAGCCUCUGACGAAGCUGCACUCAAGCGCCUGGAAGUGGUGGAAAAGGAGGCUGAGAUCCUACGUCAACAAAACUCGGCUCUCAUGGCCGAGAAAGGAGCCUCCAGUGCCCGAGGGCCUGAUCAAGCCAACAAGAUAUCUGCUCUGGAGACCCAAAAGAGACAAUUGGAGCGGAAGAUCGAGGAAUUGGAGCAAUUGAACAAGAGUUUGCAGAGGGAGGCCAGUGAGAAGACCAACCUGAGUAGAGAAAAAUCCCUUGCCACAUCAGAGCUGAACAAGGUGAGGGAGCAGCUGGCGACAGAGACUCGAAAAGUCCGGUCCCUUCAACAAGAGAAGGAGGCUGAGACGGCCAAGUUCGAGAAGGUCCAAAGGGAUUCAGUUGCAUUUCAAAAGGAGAAAAGGUAUUUAGAGGAGGAGAAGUCCCGGUUCCAAAGUAUGGUGACUCUCUUGGAGUCGGACCAGAAAUCAUUGAAAGCUGAAUAUCACCAAUUACAACUGGAUCAUCACAGUUUGAAAGGCAAGAACACAAGCAAUCUCCAGCAAACCCAAGAGGGCAUGAAGGCAUUUAAGGAGCAAAUUGAUGUGCUCAAAAAAGAACUACUUGAUGAGAAGACGAAAAAUAAGGAGAACAAGAAACAGAUGGAUGAGGCUGCCAAGAAGUCCACCAAAGAGGACGUGGAGCGCCUUCAAGAUCGGAUCAAGGACUUGGAGGAGAAGUGGGCCAAAUCCAAGCGAAUCAACCAACAACGAAAGGACAAGAUUGACGGCUUGGAAAAACAACUUGAAGAGAACAAAAAAUGCUUGCCAGGCGAUGUCCGAGCUCUGCGAGACAAGCUCCAUCAAGCAGAGAAGAAAUUGUCGGACCAAGAGAAGAAAAUGCAAACAAGCAAGUCGUCCUCGCAAGAUGAUAGUGACCUGGUUCAAAAGUUCGAACUCAUGGAGGAGGCCUACGUGAUCGAGAAAGCCAAUCUUCAAUCCGCUCUGGAGGCCGAGCAAGCUACUCUGGCGCAGAUCAAGCAAGACCAUGCUGUGGUCCAACAGGAGCUCUCUGCUCUCCGGCACACCUACAACACCAAGGCCGAUGAUUGGAUCAAGGAGAAAUUGGAUAUUCAACGACGAGUGCGAGAGCUCGAAGAUUCAAUCCGAAGCUCUGCUGGUGGAGGCUGGGAUCUGGAGCGAGAACGGUUCAAGCAGAUCAUUGAGGACCGAGACAAUCAGAUAACUCAGCUCAAAAUUGAAGGAGACGUGGCGAGAAGUCAGUCCUCUUCCUUGAGGAAAGAAGCCGAUGACUUGAAGUUCAAGCUCCAGGAUUACGAGAAGAUGUCAAAGUUCCAGAAGGCUGUCUCAUCCGACUCGGAUGUUGUCACCGAACUUAAAUCUCAGCUUGACAGUGUCAAGAAAGAGUUGACAAAAGAACAGAAAGACAAAAAGGCCGAAGCCAAUAUGAUCAGAAUGAAAUAUGAUAGCAAGAUUGCACUCCUAAGUGAGGAGAUUUCCGUCUUGAAGGCUCAGAGCUCCAAGUACAGAAGGGAGAGGCAGACCUACAAGGAGAUGAUGGAAGGCCUUCAAAAAUCCAAGGCCACCAAGGGCGAUACGGAGAGCACAGACCGAGAGAGAGCAGCCGAUAUGCUCUACAAAAUGCAUGUCUUAGAAGAUGAGCUGUCCGAGGCUAAAUUGGAGACAUCCAGGGCUAAGGCCGAGACGCUGAGUCAGCAAUCUAAGUACGAAGUGGAUAUGGCCGAGCUCAAGUCUAAGAUAAACGAGAUGGAGGAGAGUGCUCUGAUUGAGAGUGGUCGAGCCCGCAUUGCCGGAACUCGAACCAAAAUGGAACUGGCCUGGCAGAAGGAGCGUGAUGGCCAGAGGAAGCUCAUCAACGAGCUAAGCACCAUGUCCCGGGAUCUCAAGGCCACAUUGUUUGAACUUGAAAAGGAGCGUGACCGUGAGCGAUUGGAGACAAAGCGGAAAUUGGAGACCAUGAAGGCCUCUUUUGAAGAAGAGCAAGAGGACACUAGGAAACAGCUCACCGAACUUCAGUACGACCUUCUUGAGCUGAGAGACGCUCACGCUAAGCUCAGAACGACCAAUGACAAGCUCAAACGUGAUAAAGACCGCUUCGAGAAGGAGAAAGACGAGUUCAAGAGUCUGGUUAAGGAGAAGUCAAGAUCUGAGCAGGGCGAGGAAAAGAAGGUGAAGCGUCUUAUUGACAGCCUCAAGGAGUUCCUGGAGACCCUGAGAAAGAGCGGCCAUUUGGCGGGUGGCUCUGUUGGUCAACUGGCAGGGAAGCUCAAAGUGUCCCUGGAAGAGCUGGAGCAACUGCAGAAAAUGAAUGAGGAGGAACGGGAACGAAGUACUAGCCGGCGGAAUGGUUCUCGGCGGGCCGGAUCCCUGGAUGGAGAUGGGAGUGAGUCUCCAGCCUCACGCUCCAGUCUCAAGCCCACCUCCCAGCGGAGGCAACUCUAUCGGAAGACUCUGUCCGUCAGUGAUACCAUAUCCGAGAAUGACUCCAUGUGGAAGUCCCAGGAUUCCACUGGCAGCAGAGAGAGUCUGGGUAGUAAUGCCUCCAUUCCUCUCCCUGUCCCUGUGCGAACCCGGAGUACCGGUCACGGGUCGGAGUCAGGGUACUCUAGUGAUUACAACAACAUUCGCCGAAUUGAGCGCGACACCUCCGUCGACCGUCUAUCCUCCGGUAGCAAGGAGUCCAACCGUUCCACUCAGAGUGAAUGGGUGGGACGAGACAAGCGUAAGAAAUCCGGGCUUAUAGGAAAACUAAAGAAACUUACUCGAGGCCUUAGUGCAGAGCGGAGCCGCGAAUUUGGUUCCGGCUCUGACAUCAGUUCAGUGUCAGUGGCUUCCAACGCGCCAACGGCGCCCAGGACACCAGGGGGUUCGUCUUCUGGGGCUGCCGCUCAAGGCAAUAAAAGUGCAACCUUGCCUCGAAACUCGGGGUCUUCAGCCAACGAACCAUUUGAUCAAUACUUCAAGAAGGCCUCCACGUCAGGUUUAGGGACGCAACGCACUGCUCCAGCCACGCCCAACCGAGAAUCGCAUUCCAGAGUCAAUACUUCAUCGUCCUACCGUCGAUGAAGAACACCCGCACACAACCCCCACCCCACCUUAUGAUGCUUGAUGUUACGUUACGAUUACAUGAUUUGCUUACACACGUUCCAUGUUUACGUCGAACUUUCAAUAAAUCCGCACCAAAUGUAAGAAAGCUCAACGGGUUGCAGUUAGAUUUACUCAUUCGCGUUUAUUUCGAAAAGCCAUUUGAGCAUUCACGUGCUGGGCCGGAACCACACGCUCGUCCGGAUCAGCCUAUUCAGUACUACUUCGCACACAGUUCAUGAAAAUUUGUGGAUGGAGAUUCUCAAUGUCGUAAAGUCCUGCUGCAUGGCAUGCGAGCACAUCAUUAGUGAAACAGACGGGCCAAGACGCCGGAUACGGCUAACACCACCAGCGGCACCUUCAGACUGUGUCCGGAAUUGCACCCAUCUUCUUCGCACUGACACACGUACGUGUUGUACUCCUCCAAGACGGUCUUGUAGCAAUCUCCUUUCUCGUAUUUCU